UCCUGUUUCCUAUUGCAGGUGUGCAGUGUUUACGGCAGAUCAGGAUGUCAGGACAAAACAGUGAUCAGCUGCACCGCACCACUCUGACCAUUUAUACGAGCAUAAUGGAGCAGUUCAACCCCAGCCUGCAGAGACUGGUGGCACUGGGAAACAGCUACAUUCAGGCUUUCCAAGCUCUUGCCGUCACCAGUGAGGCUUAUUUCAGUGCUCUGUCUAAGAUGGGUGAACAGGCCAUGCAGAGUAUGUCAUCGAGUUUGCUGGGUGAUGUGUUGAUCCAGAUCUCAGACAGUCAGAGGAGACUCACCGAUGAGCUGGAGGGAGUGUUCCGCUGGUUCCACUCCGAGGUCCUUCGAGAGAUGGACAACAAUGUCAGACUAGAUAAAGAAUAUAUAUUGAGCAGCAGGAGGCACUAUGAGAUGGAAGUGAGAAACCAGGCAACGGCACUGGAAAGACAGAUGAGGCGAGGGGUCCCACAGGAUGGCAGCGAAUAUGUGCACUUUCUCAGAGAGUGUCAGAAAGAGGCGUUAAAGGAGGAAGAAAGAAGAUAUCGAUUCCUGGCAGAGAAACACAGCGGAUUCACCCAGUCUAUUGCAUAUCUCAUGAACAAGACAGGGGGCGGCCUGCAAAACAGAGCAGAGGGGUGGAAAGAUCUGGUUAAUCACACAAGAGAAUCCCGUCCACGCACUCCUUCACGACUGGAGGACAACAUUCUUGAUGUUAACCGUUGGGCAGAGCAACCACUGGGCACGGUUCCCUCUAGAGGCCCCUCCCCUCAGCCCAGUCGUUCCACCUCCGUCUCAGGAUUGGCCGGAGGCAGAGUGAUGCGAGCACUGGUGCCCCACCCUCCCUCUGCAAACUCCACCCUCCUCCCAUUCUCCCGAGAAGAAACCAUCACCCUAUUCAUUAAAGAGGCGAGGAACGGCUGGCUGUUCGGCCGCUCUGACAGCUCUGGACGGCAAGGCUGGUUCCCUGCUGCUUACGUAGGCCCCAUGGAUGAACCACCUGGACCACCUGAUUCAAGUAGCAGCUCUUUCAGACGCAGCAGCAGUAUGAGUAACCUCCUCAACCAACCUGUGAGCAGAAGCCAACAAACAGCUCCGACUGUACCUCCGCCACCGCCUCCAGCUCCGUCAACCAGAUCCAGCAAUUCCCGGCCGGUCACUCCCACCCCUUCGGAAAACAGAAGACAAGAUAACUAUGAUUCUCGACCACAACUGUUUCCAAGAGGCACAAAUCCAUUUGCCACUGUGAAGCUGAAACCCACCAAAACCAAUGACAGAUCAGCUCCACGAAUAUGAAUAAUAUUUCUUCAUCGGCUAAUCAGUGCUGUAUAUUUUACUGUACAUUGCUCAGCCAUUUUCAAAAACAUUAAUCUUCCAGUGUAAUCAGUACGAAGCAUCACAUUUAAGACAAUGCAACUCAAGAAUGAUCAACGCUAGUCUUUAAAAGUUAAUUAAAGCAGGUAGUUAAGACAAUUUACCUUUACCUUCAGGCCGUUGGAGGGGCUGCGGCACCAAACAAUUAAUAACACUAUAUAUAAUGGCCUCAUAAACAUC